AUCAAACCGUUUSUGCGAUCAGCUUUUGAGCUGUAGUUUUUUCUUUAUUCCAAGAAAUAUUGCGCUUUUGGUCAAAUCAUAUUAAUCUUGGAUUACCUUGUCAAUCAAGUCAUUGGAUACUUCUAUCUAUAAGCCCAAGUUAGGACCAGUUGGACGAUCUAAUAGGAAAACUUUCACUUUUGCUAAAAUGCUCUCUAGKAUUCCAAGGCACUUAGUGAAAUCUUCAACCCACCUUCGACAAAGUUUAACCCACAAAUCAUCCACAAUUCUAGCUUCACAAGCGAUCAAUUCAAGAGUGAAAUGUUUACACACUACGGCGCCAACAAACACAAGAAUCGUUCGUUCUUCAUCGCAUCAUCCUGAUAUCUCAAUCCCUACCAACAAAUCGUAUGUGGAGUUUAUCUUGGAACACUGUGAAAAACACGGAGAUAAAGAUGCCAUYGCUGAUGCAUYGACUGGUAAAUCUUUCACAUAUAAAGAUGUUAKUGAUCUGGUAAAGAAGUGUGGAUCAGCCUUCAAACGUAUGGGGAAGAAUCAGAAAGAUGUUGUUGCAAUCUACAUGCCCAACUUGCCUGAGUAUCCUAUGGUAUUUUAUGGCAUUCAAGCUGCUGGUGGGAUUGUUACCACAGUGAAUCCAACAUACACUGUAGAUGAACUAGCUUAUCAACUCCAGGAUACUAGUACAAAAUAUCUUGUAACUACACCAGAUUUCAUGGUUAAGGCGAGGGAGGCAGCGUCAAAAGUAAAGCUUCCAUCAGAUAAUGUUCUUGACAUUGAUACAUUAUGGAAUCUUGUCCUGAGUGAUGAUGGCUCAUAUCUACCUAAAGUUCACACAACUAAUACCCCAAGUGAGGACAUAGUUAGUCUCCCAUAUUCCAGCGGGACAACUGGUCAUCCAAAAGGCGUCAUGUUAACUGAUACAAACUAUAUAUCUCAUGCAUUGAUAACGGGUACUGAGAAAUUUAUGUUCAGAAGGUCUGAUCUACCCCAGCUCCUAGUCAUGGCUCUUCUGCCAUUCUUCCAUGCAUAUGGUCUUGCUUUCAUCAUGGGGGUACACUUUUAUCUUGGAUCAAAGCUGUUUACUAUGCCUCAGUUUGAUCCUGAAGCCUUUCUUAAGGCUAUUGAAGAUCACAGGAUUACAGAGCUUCCUAUAGUGCCUCCUAUUGCAUUGUUCCUUGCUAAACACCCCAUGGUUGAUAAAUAUGACCUGUCGUCUCUUGAAUCAAUCUUGUGUGCUGCUGCUCCCCUGUCAAAAGAAGUGGAACAAAUAUUAAAGAAAAAAUUCCCCAAUGUCAACAUUAUCAGACAAGGAUAUGGUCUUACUGAGACAACAGCAGCCUGCAUUUUAAACCCYAAUGAUAAAGUCAAGAGUGGAUCCAUAGGCGUUUUGCUUCCUAAUCAAGAAAKCAUUGUUAAAGAUUUGGAAACUGGUGAGCAUCUUGGCCCUGGACAAGACGGGGAGAUAUGUGUCAGGGGACCCACUAUUACCAAAGGUUACCUGAACAAAGCAGAUCAAACCGAAGUGACUAUCGACAAAGAUGGUUGGCUUCGCACGGGAGACAUUGGUCAUUACGAUGAAGAUGAGUAUUUYUACAUCGUUGACAGACUCAAGGAACUGAUCAAAUACAAAGCUUAUCAGGUUGCCCCAGCAGAGCUUGAAGCUGUUUUACUAACCAAUCCGUACAUCACAGAUGCUGCAGUCAUUGGGAUCCCUGAUGAAGAGGCUGGGGAGCUCCCUAGAGCAUUCGUAGUGAYUAARGGYGGGAUCACUGCARAAGAGGUCCAGCAGUACGUCGCUGAUAAGGUGGCACCACACAAGAAGCUGAGGGGAGGGGUGGAGUUUGUGGARAGCAUUCCAAAGUCUGCGAGCGGAAAGAUAUUGAGAAGACAAUUAAAAGAUAGAUAUAGAAGUGCUGAUGCAUUGACUGGUAAAUCUUUCACAUAUAAAGAUGUUAGUGAUCUGGUAAAGAAGUGUGGAUCAGCCUUCAAACGUAUGGGAAAGAACCAUAAAGAUGUUGUUGCCCUCUACAUGCCCAACUUGCCUGAGUAUCCUAUGGUAUUUUAUGGCAUUCAAGCUGCUGGUGGGAUUGUAACCACAGCUGAUGCAUUGACUGGUAAAUCUUUCACAUAUAAAGAUGUUAUUGAUCUGGUAAAGAAGUGUGGAUCAGCCUUCAAACGUAUGGGGAAGAACCAGAAAGAUGUUGUUGCCCUCUACAUGCCCAACUUGCCUGAGUAUCCUAUGGUAUUUUAUGGCAUUCAAGCUGCUGGUGGGAUUGUAACCACAGUAAAUCCRACAUACACUGUAGAUGAACUUGCUUAUCAUYUGCAAGAUUCUGGCACCAAAUAUCUUGUGACAACUUCAGAUUUCAUGGCUAAGGCAAGGGAGGCUGCAGCAAAAGUGAAGCUUCCAUCAGAUAAUGUUCUUGACAUUGAUACAUUAUGGAAUCUUGUCCUUAGUGAUGACGGAUCUUAUCUACCCAAACUUCCCACAACUGAGUCUCCAAGUGAUGAAGUAAUUUGUCUCCCAUAUUCUAGUGGAACAACUGGUGUAGCAAAAGGAGUAAUGUUGACWAAUUUCAAUCUUAUUUCGCAUGCAUUAAUCCUUGGCAAURAGAAAUUUAUGCCYUGUGCACCCGAUAUGCCGCGGGCAUUAGUCAUGGCACUUCUGCCAUUUUACCAUGUUUAUGGACUUGCUGUUACAUUGGGAAUGCACUUCUUCAUUGGUUCAAAGGUGUUUUGUAUGCAGAAAUUUGAUCCUGAGUUGUUUCUGAAGACGAUUGAAGAUCAACAGAUCACUGAAUUGCCAAUAGUCCCUCCAAUUGCACUGUUUCUUGCCAAACAUCCYAUGGUAGAGAAAUAUGACCUGUCAUCAGUCAAUCUUGUCACAGUUGCUGCAGCACCUUUAUCCAAAGAAAUCGAAGAGUUAUUAUCAAAACGACUGCCAAAUGUCAGGGUGAUAAGACAAGGUUUUGGUAUGACAGAGACCACGGCUGCUUGUAUCCUUAAUCCAUCAGAUCCAUCCCUUGUCAAAACUGGAUCCGUUGGGCUUCUGCUUCCUAAUCAAGAAGUUAUGGUAAAGGACCUGGAGACAGGAAAACCRCUUGGACCAGGAGAGCCUGGAGAAAUAUGUGUAAGGGGACCCACCAUUACCAAAGGUUACCUAAACAAACCAGAUCAAACCGCACUGACUAUCGACAAAGAUGGUUGGCUUCACACGGGAGACAUUGGUUAUUACGAUGAAGAUGAGUAUUUCUACAUCGUUGACAGACUCAARGAACUGAUCAAAUACAAAGGCUUCCAGGUUCCACCAGCAGAAUUAGAAGCUGUACUCAUAUCACACCCUCUCAUCACAGAUGCCGCAGUCAUUGGGAUCCCCGAUGAAGAGGCGGGGGAGGUCCCCAGAGCAUUCGUAGUGACUAAGGGUGGGAUCACUGCAGAAGAGGUCGAUCAGUAUGUCGCUGAUAAGGUGGCACCACACAAGARACUGAGGGGUGGGGUGGUGUUUUUAGAAAGCAUUCCAAAAGCAGCAAGUGGAAAAAUAUUGAGAAGAGAAUUACGAGAUAAUAAUUCAUAAAUAUUUAAUAUUUAUCCAAGGGAUGUCCCAUUAAUGCAAGCCCACCCACUGAUCACUGAUGCAUGCU